UGACUUUUUUUUCUUUGGCAGCUGUGGCAAGCCCUCUCCUAUGGCAGAAGGAUUGUGUGAAAGGUCCUGAAGUAUGGUGUCAGAAUCUGCGGACUGCAUCGCAGUGUGGAGCUCUGAAACACUGUCAGCAAACUGUUUGGAGUAAGCCUACAGUGAAAAGCAUCCCAUGCGACUUGUGUAAAGAAGUUGUAAUGGUAGUUGGGAAGGUUUUGAAGGACAAUGGCACAGAGGAUGAGAUCCGCUCUUACAUGGAUAAGACAUGUGAAUUCCUUCCUGACCCAGACCUGGUUUCUGAGUGCAAGGAGGUUGUGGAUGACUACCUCCCAGUUGUCAUGGACAUGAUCAAGGAAGAGUUGGACAAGCCUGAAGUGGUGUGCAGUGCCCUUUCGUUGUGUCAGUCCCUCCAGAAGCAUCUUGCUGCAAUUAAACUUCAGAAACAGCUCCAGUCCAACAAGAUACCUGAACUGGACUUCUCUGAACUGGCAUCUCCUUUUCUUGCUAAUGUGCCUCUUCUUCUUUACCCUCAAGAUGAGCCCAAGAAGGAGUCUCGGGGGAAUGGGAAUGUAUGUGAAGACUGUGUUAAGCUGGUCACUGAUGUUCAGGAAGCUGUGAGAUCCAACUCCUCUUUUGUGAAUUCCUUGAUUGCUCAUGUCAAGGAGGAAUGUGAACAUUUGGGACCUGGCAUGGGCGAACUGUGCAAGAACUACAUCUCUGAGUAUUCAGACUUGGUUAUCCAAAUGAUGAUGCACAUGAUGUACCAGUUACAAAGUCAACCUAUAAGAAAGAUCAACAUUAAACUGCAGGAUCAGCAACCAAAAGAGAUCUGUGCAAUGGUUGGAUUAUGUCUUUCUCUGAAGUCUCUCCCCCUCCAGACUCUGGUACCAGCUAAGGUGAUUCACGAAGCCAAGAUGGAAACUCUAGAGAGGCCUAAUGUGCAGAAAAACCUGGUGCAGGAGAGUGCCUCCCCUGUGUGUGAUAUAUGUGAGACUGUGGUGAAAGAGGUUACUAGCCUGCUGGAGAGCAACAGGACAGAGGAAGAAAUAGUACAUGAACUGGAGAAGCUUUGCUCUGUGUUCCCUGAGGGCAUCAAAGAACAGUGUAGGGACUUUGUGGAAGUCUAUGGCAAGGCUGUCAUUGAUAUGUUGUUGGAAGCAACUAGCCCUGAAACUGUGUGCAUUCUGUUGAAGUGCUGUACAAGUGAUAGGCCUUCUCAGGCAGUGAAACCUGUUCCAGAGGAGUUGCAGGUUGGUAACUUCUGUGAUGUCUGCAAGAUGAUUGUGGCUUAUGCAGACAGAGAGUUGGAGAAAAAUGCUACAACAGCUGAAAUUGAGGCUGUAUUGGAAAAAGUCUGUCAUAUCUUGCCAGAAUCUGUCAGAGACCAGUGUGUUCAGUUUGUGGAGCAGUAUGAGCCAAUGGUUGUGCAGCUCCUGGCAGAGAUAAUGGACCCCACUUUUGUGUGUACUAAACUGGGUGUCUGUGGAUCAUCAAAACAGCACCUCUUGGGGGCAGAUGCAUGUGUCUGGGGCCCAGGCUACUGGUGUAAAAACAUGGAGACUGCAACUCAGUGCAACGCUGUUGAGCACUGCAAACGCCAUGUGUGGAACUAGAAGAAAUCUUUCAAAUUCUGAAAUCAUCUGCCAUCAUUCUUAAAUUGUGGGGUAGAGCUGGUGGGAGAGUUGCAUCUCAGAAAUGUCCUUUCUCUCUUUUACCUCCUUAACCCUCAAGUUCCUUUUUAUUGUCAUUUUGUAGACGUGCUGCUAUAGAAGGAUCUGAUCUUCAUUGUUGAUCUAAUGGAAGCUAUUUUUGAUUUGUACAGUUCUAAUUCAUUGUGCCACAAAAGAAUAUGCAAUACAUGUGGAUUUUGACCUAUGGGGGGGUGCCCUUUAGGUGGUGGGAGAGGUGGCAGAGUGAACGAGUGAAACAAAGUCUAAAUAGCUGUGUUUCUAACUAAAAAUGUGGACAGCAACUAAAUUACAUUUAAAUGUUUUUCUUUGUAGUUGGCAUGUGGAGACUUUUGCCCUUGAAUGAUCUGUGUUUUUAACAGCUAAUAAGACUAUUAAAUUCUAAUUUGUAAAGAGCAGAUUUCAUAGAUUUCAUAGACAUCAGGGCUGGAAGGGACCUCGGAAGAUCAUCGAGUCCAGCCCCCCGCCCAAAGGGCAGGAAGUCAGCUGGGGUCAUAGGAUCCCAGCAAGAUAAGCAUCCA